AUGGCCACCGCCAAAUAUCUCCUCACCUCCAUCGCCGCCGCCCUCCUCCUCCUCCUCCCCCCGACCGACGCCGCUGCCUUCCGCCGCCGCCCAACCGCCGUCUUCGCAUUCGGCGACUCCAUCCUGGACGCCGGCAACAACAACUUCUUCCCCACCCUCUUCCGCUCCAACCACCGGCCGUACGGGGUGGAUUUCCCCGGCGGCGUCGCCACCGGAAGAUUCUCCGACGGGAAGCUGGCCACCGACGUUGUGGUUUCGGCUCUGGGCAUUAAAGAGCUCCUGCCGGCUUACCUGGACCCGGUCCUGACCGAUCCGGGCCUUCUGACCGGCGCCAGCUUCGCGUCGGCCGGUUCGGGCCUGGACGAUUUGACGGCCCGGCAGGCGAAUGUCCUGACCAUGGGGAGACAGCUGGCGUAUUUCCAGGAGGCUUUGGGGAGAAUGAGGAGGGCCGCCGGCGGGUUGGCGGCGGGCCGGGCCGUGGAGAAUGGGCUGUUCAUGGUGGCCGCCGGGAGUAAUGACGUCAUGUUCGGGCUGCUGCUGAGGAGGAAUUGCAGUGUGCCUGAAUACCAUGAUUUGAUGCUUGGAAAUCUUGAGGUUUUUAUUAAGAAAUUAGUGAAUAUGGGAGCGCAAAAAUUCGCGGUUCUUGGCCUCCCGCCAAUAGGGUGCCUACCGUUACAAAUGGGUCUUGCCGGUCAUCGGGCGAGUCGAACAUGUGUGGCUAGACAAAAUAUUGACGCCCAAUCCUACAACACCAAACUACAAGCCCUAAUUUUGCGGCUACAAAUAUCACUCCCCCUCGGCUCCAAACUUGCAUAUGUCGACAUCUAUACUCCCCUCAUCAAUACCAUUUUGAGCCCUUCUGCCUACGGGUUUGAGAGAGCAAUGGAGGGAUGCUGUGGGUCAGGGUAUUUGGAGAUGGGCCCACUCUGCAAUGCACUGUCAGCAGUUUGUCCAAAUCCAUCCAACUAUGUGUUUUGGGAUGCUGUUCAUCCUACCCACAAAACCUACGCCAUUCUUGCCGCCAAUUUCUUGCACAAUGUCCUCCCCACUCUUUAUUACUAGCUAUUAAUUACUAUUAAU